AUGACAUUGAGAGUGAAUGCCGGAAACGGCCUGGUGUUCGGCAAAGCCCGUGCUCGGCUUUUGAUCGCUUUCUCCGUUCCCCAUCAUCUCCACGCGAUCCUUCCUCGAGUUUCUACCGUACAUCGCUAUUCAGUCUCUGCACUCUUCACCAAUCCCUUCGUUUCUUCACGAAGACCUGUGACAUGGAUAUAUUUUUUCUUGGAGUUCGAGAUUCUCCUCCCUCUCACUACCCCGGCCUCACCAAUUGCGCUAAAACGUUCCGGGGAGCGAAUGGAGGCCAGACUGUUGACAAAACCAGCAUACUCCCCGAUAACUCCGCGACCCACAUUCACUCUCAAACUCUGCCCGCAUACAUCCUCGUCGUUGCUAAGCGCCGACUAUGCGACUAGGACGUGUCAUAGAGUCGGUAUCGACCAAAGUGUUGCAACCGACGUCAGCACUGGAUCACAAGUCAGGAAGGAGCGGGAUCUGUUGUUGGUAUAUAACGGGUUAGCAGUCCACAGGAGUAUCUUUGAUUGCAAAAUCAUCCCCGAGAACCCCGACUUUGGCGUCCUCGUCAUCCCCACCAACAGAAGCAUCAAGGAAUCCGUCACGAUCCUAAUGAAGACCAUCGUAAACCAUUUCGGACGAGUCAAUUGUUAUACUAAUGUCGAAGGGAAGUAUAUCGAAAUCCUUGCCUAUACAUACGAAAGACUGGCUCGUACGGGAGCCAAUUACCCGCAUGGAGAAACAGUAUCACCUCGUCACGCCUAUCACCUCUACAAGGCGCCCCUCUCAUAUAUACGCACGAAAGAUCCAACAAAUGGCUUAACCAAGGCUGCAGCCCAAGACCGCGACAUCCAUAGCCAUGCCAUUCUCCUUGGAUACAUCUAUACCGAACUCACGCCACCACCACGUGCGAGGGGAUCUCCAACGAGGACCAGCAUUUUAGUCGAUGUUACGGACUUUGAUCUGAAUGAAGAUAACACGAUUUAUCUUGCCCGUACACUCAACUGCGUUUCUCUAUCGACUGGUCUAUCUUAUCUGCCUCAACCUGGUCUCGUCUACCCGAUUCUCGUCUGUGCGUUUGUACCUCGGGUUCCUGAAGCGGUGCAGGACGUAACAGAAGUAAUCUUGGCACGCCAAACAGUGCUUUUGAUAAUAAUAGCUCGAGUGGAUCAGAUAAAUCCAGUACUCUCUGAUCGUCUGAGCGCCCUUCUUGAUAGCCCUAAUUUUAAAGAUUCCUUAUCAGCCAAACUUUGACUGUACGCGAAGAAAGUCCUGAACCUGUCUAAACGACGGGACAAGAAUCAUGCGAGCAAGUAGGGAUGACGGUCCGAUGUAUCAGGACCUGCAGGCAUAUGCUUUCUCUUUGUCUUGGUUCUCUAGUAGUGGCGAGGGCGGCUUCAGCUUGAUGCGUUGUUCAAGGAAGACUCCCGCGCUGAUAUCAUCAUUUAGAGACUGCUGAUACAUAUCUCUUGCCAAUGUCCGGCAGAAUCCACACGGGUG